AUUGGGAUGGAGGCUGGAAGUUGCCGUCGGGAAUGCUCUUGAUGUUUCUGGACUUUUCUCGAACUUUCGGAAAUGCUUUAAAAAAGCAGAUCCCAUGGACCUGAGGGACAGUUACACUUCCAGAACUGCGAUCUGAUCGAGCAGCACUAUCACCCUGAGCACACCUGGAGGGUUGAUUAACAUUGUUUUCAGGCGAGUUGUCAAACUUCUGCUCGAGUUUAUCAUCAUCUCAACAUGGGAAAGGACUAUUACAGUAUUUUAGGGAUUCAGAAAGGCGCGUCUGAGGAUGAGAUCAAGAAAGCGUACCGCAAACAAGCUUUAAAGUAUCAUCCGGAUAAAAACAAGUCACCCAAUGCUGAGGAGAAAUUCAAGGAGAUCGCUGAAGCCUAUGAUGUCCUGAGUGAUGAGAAGAAGAAGGACAUCUAUGACCGGUUCGGGGAAGAAGGACUGAAGGGUGGUGCUGGUGGAGGCGGUGGGGGGCCAAAUGGCCCUGGCUUCACAUACAGCUUCCAGGGUGACCCGCAUGCCAUGUUCGCUGAGUUCUUUGGUGGGCGGAGCCCCUUUGAACACUUCUUUGGUCGUGGCAUGGGUGGUGACGAAGAUAUGGAUGUGGACGAGCCAUUUGCGAGCUUUGGCCUGGGUGCUGGGCACCAAUUUGGUGGGAGGAUGCAGAAAAAGCAGGACCCACCGGUGACCCAUGAGCUCCGCGUCAGCCUGGAGGAGGUGUUCAGUGGUUGCACCAAGAAAAUGAAAAUCUCCCGGCGCAGACUGAACCCAGAUGGCCGCAGCACACGCGCAGAGGAAAAGAUCCUCAUGGUGGAGGUGAAGAAGGGCUGGAAGGAGGGAACCAAGAUUACUUUCCCUAAAGAGGGCGACCAGACACCAAAUAACGUCCCUGCUGACAUCGUAUUCAUUGUGAAGGACAAACCGCAUCCGGUGUUUAAGAGGGACGGAUCAGACAUCAUCUAUCCAGCCAAAAUCUCACUCAAAGAGGCUCUCUGUGGUUGUACAGUAAAGGCCCCUACGUUGGACAAACGCACCGUGUCCCUACCGCUUCAGGACGUCAUCAUCCGCCCUGGAAUGAAGCGGCGCAUCACAGGCGAAGGCCUUCCUUUGCCGAAGAGCCCUGAUCGCCGUGGCGAUUUAAUCGUUGAGUUUGAGGUGAAAUUUCCAGAGAGAUUGAGUCGGGACGCCAAGGACACUGUUGCACAGGUUUUACCAUCGUAAUGUUUGCACAGGACAACGUUGUGUCCACCGACUAAAACCUGUGCCACAUGAAACUCUGAACUCAGUAACUCUGAACUGCAAUCUGCUGAGUCUCUCUGGAUGACAAAUCUUUCUUUUCUGCACUUUCAUCUUUUCCUAAACUGAAAAGACUGUUUUUUGUAAAUGAGCUUGUUUUGAAAUUCUCUUUUAAAUGUUCAGUGAGUAAAACUGCAUGUACUCCUGGAGGUUAUUCCACAAACUGAGUGAGCCUGAGGAGCUGGGCUUAUUUCAACAGCCCCAGCUAGUUUCUCUCAAGUUCAUGUCCAUAACAUUCACUCAGUUACUGUGGCAGCGUGUGCUUUUGCAUAAGGCUGCUCAGGCGAACGUUUAGCAGAGUUUGAUGAAUGAUGACGUUGCCUUGAAUUUUGGUAUUUUUAACGAAACCGAUUUGAUUAGCAUAUUCUGUUGGCUGUUUUCUACCAGGCAGCUUCUGGAAUGUCCUUGAUCAUGUGGAGUUUAAUAAACAAUCUUUUGCUGUAUGGGGUGAAAAGGUUGCUCUUUCUUUGCUGUUUUUAACUUCCACUUUUGUCAUUUCUGAUUUUUGUAGAUGAUCAGGGCAGCCCAAGUAUCACAUGUAGCUAUGAUUUGUAAUAUUUAAACUCAUUCCAAAGAAGCUCUACAUGUUUCACCUGGAUUUUGUUCAUGUAACUCCCUCAACCUGGAGUCAGUUCUCUGGUUAAUCAAGUCAAGGUUUUGUGGAAUAACCUCCUGGUGUUGAGUAGCAGAAAGGAUUAUUAUAGAUUCUUGGUUCACACAGAACCCGUUCUCUGCAGUUUGUAAAUAAUUUUUGUAUAUUCGCUGAUGAGCUUAAGGUUUUUUUGAUUAGUACAGAUGCCCUGAACUCAUUUUCUUGUUUAGUGCUGUAUCAAAUCAGCACUCGACCUUGCACAGAGAUCCUCAUAGUGACCGAUCUGAGUGAGUGUGAGCUUCAAGUUACACAAAACGUAAUGGACAUGAAAGGCAGCAUUUGUUUACAAUGUAUAUCUGGUGCUCUUGAGCAAAACUGUUCAAUGCCAAAUCUGGUUACAUGGUAAAACAGGUGGAUAUCAGGUCCAAGUCUGAAACAUGCUCUAUUUGAUUGUCAUAGUCACAUGUGCAGGUGUGUAGAGGAACAUCUUGCACUCUGUAAUGGUCCACACCAUUGGUCUUCCCAAGGAUGAUUUGAUUAUACUGUAGCUAAUGUAUGUUAAAACUCUGGUAUAAUGUAGUGGUGAUGGUUCAACAGGUUAAGGCUCUAGGUUACUGAUUGGAUAGUUAAGGGUUUGAGCCACAGCACCACCAAGCCUUGGAAGGCACCAAACCAUAUAGGGGGAAAAUAUUUGUCCAUUUGUGCUUAUGGACUUUUUUUUUAUAUCCAGAGAUGUUGGGACAAAGGUGUGUGGGUUUUUUUUUUAAUAAACUUGUAUAUUGGAGAGCUGUGAGUGUGUUUGGUCUAAAACACUAGCUUUAGGUUCAGCAAGUCUCCACCCAGUUGAAUCUUUCAGCUUUUGCUGUACGAGUGAGUGAAUGAAGCAUUAACCCUAUGGGUGUCUGAUUCAUCCCAAGUGGAUCAUAAUGAAGCUCGAGCAAAAAUAAUGGAUUUUUUUUUUCUUCUCAGCACCUGAGCAUGGUUUAUCAUGCAUCCACCCAUGAUGCUUAUGAUUCACAAUGAUCUAUUGUGUCAGAGAAAUUACUCAACCUGUUGGGUGUAUAAACUUGUUUGGCUAGUGGUGUUACACUUAUUUUUCUCAAUACUGUUUAUCUUGACUAAUCUAACAGAUUCAGAUUUGAUGAACUUAUAAUUCAGUUUUGAGCUGAAAUGUUGAGUGAAAUUCUUCACUAUCACUCCAGAUACACAAACGGGUUGUGCUGUGUGUAAGAUCAUCCAGAUUAGUGUUGAUUUGGUUUAAAAAAAAAAAAAAAAUGUUUCUCAAUGGGCUAAUCUGUGCUCAUUCAGGAAGGGUUUAUUUCCCUUUAUUGAGGAGAAAAAAAAGUGCCUGAAAGUGAAUAUUGUUGGAUGAGUUUUGUGUGAGAUUCCUGUUUUGAUCAACCCUUUGAACUGAAUUUUUUUUUUUUUUUAAAUGAUGCUUGUAAUAUGUCCGUGACUCUAGGUGCUAUAGAGAAUACAGCUCUGCUUGAAGGAAUUGGAUGAUUAAAUGACCGUAUGAUCACAGCUUGUGUUUAAAAGCACCUGUGUUCAUAACAUACCUAGAAUUCGGAUAUCUGAAAACCAGGAAAAGAGACAUGCAAUCUCCUGAGUAAAUUUCAGUGUAUAUUGGUUUUAAAAGUGUGAUCAUUUCUGUUUUUAUUUUUUUCCAUUUUGUUUUCUUGAACUUUGGCUUUUAGUAUAAAGUUGCCACAACUGUAUAAUGUGCCCUGCACCGCCAAAAGCAAAAUCUGGCUUGAGCAUUGCUGUAUAACUGCCUCAUUUAUGUUGGGGGGAAUAAAGGAAUUGGUGUUUUAACAUUUGUAA